AUGGAGAGGCUAAUUCAAAGUAUAGCACAGGUAGUUGCUAGGCAAGAUGAGCAAAGAUCAGCGAGUGAAGGGUUUACUUUAAGAACAGGUCCUCCAUAUAAUUUAAACCAAUCUGCUCUAUCAAACAAGAACUUGAACUUUGUUCGUAUUCAGUGUCCAUAUUUGUCUGGAAAUCAAUUUAGAUCCUCAAAUAAUUUAUAUUAUCAUCCUCAAACUACUAGUAAUCUACCUUUAGUAGGAAAUCAAAAAUUCGUUCAUAAGCAGCCUGUAGAGGUUUCUGAUACUAGGAAAGUAGAGGAAUUAUCUAAUCUAAAUUUUCAAAGUAAUGAGCUUGGAUCAUUAACCGGUUAUAAUAAUGGAAUAGAUGUUUGUAGAAGUAUUUCUAAAGUUGUUAAUACAAACACUACUACCGAACCUUCUAAAUACUCUUCUAUACCAUCCAGAGAUUUCCAGCAGAAGAGGACUGCUUCAAUUAUUGCUGCAAAAUAUUUGACUGAUGAUAUAAUGCUUUCUAAGGUUAGGGGCUUGUUUAUAAAAAGAUAUACUAGAACUACUUCAAUAGAAGAUAGGCCAAUAUAUAUAUCUGGAACUGACAAGAAGAUUUCUAUAUACAAAGAUCCUAAGGCAGAAGAAGCUCAUAGAGAUAUAGAAGCAGCUUUUUCGGAAGCUAUUUGUGAUUGUUACAGUCGUUUUUUUACCAAUUUACCGGUGAAUAUUUUAGAGGAUGCAAUACAUUUAUAUUUUCAAAUACAAGCUGCAUAUUGGUGGUAUGAGGAUAUGUGGUAUGAUAAAUAUCCACAUGUUCUUCCUAAAUUAUCAUUACGUGUAUUUGGUCAGUUUACAGUUGAGGACUGUCCAAUUUUAAGGCACUUUGUAUCUUCACAAGAAGAACAUGACAAAUUUUUGCAAAAUUGGAGGAGAUAUUGUAGAACUAUUCCCUUAAGAGGGGUAAUUUUGGUAAAUACUGAGUUAACGAAAUGUGUAUUAGUAAAGCCAUGGAAUGGGAAUAGAUUUAUGUUUCCCAGAGGUAAGAUGGAUGAGAUGGAAGAGGAUAGCUUGUGUGCUAUUAGGGAGGCUUAUGAAGAACUAGGAAUUGAUGUAAGUAAUCACCUACAUGAUGCUUUAUAUAUUGAGAAACAAGUGGAUGAACAAACAAUAAAACUUUUUGUUAUUCCUGGCAUAGAUGAGAAUACAAUUUUGGAACCAAAGAAGAGGAAAGAAAUUGCAGAAAUUCGUUGGUUUAAUUUUACAUCAUUACCUGGAUGGCAAGAAGAAGGCUCAUUUGGACGUCAGAAGAAAAGUAAGAAUACAAACCAAAACAAUGGGUUAGAUUCAACAGGUGAAUAUACUUCAGAUAAUGAGAAGGAUGAACUAAGAGGUAGCGAUGACGAAUGUAUGUUACUACAGUCAACUAGUAAUUUUGGUCUAAAUAAUGGAAAUUCUGGUAGUGAAGAAAAUGUCCUAUUUUUUAGAGUUGGGCAAUUCUCAAAGAAUUUACGUGGAUGGAUAGAAGUACUACGUAGGAUUCCUUUACAAAGUCCUGAUAAUAUAGGAGGGGUAAUUCCACAGCUCCCAAAGAAUUUAAAUCCUGCAGUUAUUAGACGACUGCAAAAUGCAGAUUUGAGAGGUCCUCCAUUAUUUGCAUUACCUCUUUUUGUAAGAGUAAGAGGUCGUAUACAUGAUCGUAAGGAUCAACCUCCAACUACUCUGAAUAAUAAUAGUAAGGGAAAGAAAUCGAGACCCUCUUUUUAUGAUCAGACAUCUAGGGAUAAGAGGACAUUUGGGACAAAGGCUGGUUCAGGAUGGGAUGUGGAAGCUAUGUUUGCAUUAAAUGAGGAGAAGUUUGGAGUAAAAUCAACAUUUUCAUUUGAUGACUACACAAUUCCACUACCAAAAUCAAAGGCUAAAGAAACUUUAGUUCAAACAACUAUUAAGGAAGAAGAGUAG